UGUCAAUCAUUGCUGGGAAACUCUUUCAAGGACUUGUGUUUAAAAUUGUACAUAAUAUUUUCUCUAUUUUACAUAUGGAUUUUUUUAAGCCCUUUGAACCAUUAUGCGAAGAGGAAAGUGAGGAAGAACACACGCCAUUUAAUGCUACUUUCCAGUAUGAUAUCCUCAAAAAGUUUAUGCCACAUAUGCGAUUCCAACACAUGAUGGAUGAUAAAAUGGUACCGCUGAGUAAAAAACUGGAGCUUGCCCUCGACAAAAACAUCGGUCCCCAUGCCCAUGUGAUACUUAACGAUACGGUCUACAAGUGCCUAGUUCUGGUGCUCCGCAUCUACUGCCGUCUCUUCACGAAUAAUCUCCAGUUCAACGAUUUCGUCAAGUUUCCGCAGGAUGCAAUAACCAAUGAGUCCUUUGAAAUGGCCUACGCCUGGAUGACCACAGAUGGGAUAUAUUGUCCCCGCAAUGUGUUAUUAGAUCUCCUCCAGGCCGCCAAAUUUCUGAAGUGCUCUCCUCUGGCCGAAAGCGUCUUCGAUUGCCUGAACGACCACAAGUAUUUCUCUGAGCUGGAUGCAUUCGCGUGCUUUUUGGAUGCCCUAGCAAAGGACAAUCUCCCCAUUGCCGAUAUGAUGUUAAAAAGAGUGGGCAAGGCCUUUCUGGUCCUAGUGGGCACCAAGGAAUAUCAGGACCUGGAUGUCAGCUCCCUGUGCGAUUUAAUCAGUUCAAAUGGCUUGAAUGUUCAGUCCGAAAUUGAGGUAUUUUAUUCAGCUCUGGUCUGGCUAUUGUCCGACUAUCGGAAGCGCAGAAAGUACAUUGGCCGUGUCUUGAGCAAUGUAAGGUUCGAUAUGAUGCACCCAGCAUUUCUAAUUCAAUGGGUGGACAAUGUCGAAGAUUUUCAAAGAGACCUUGCGGAUGAGAUUCGCUUCAGCCUUAAUAAUGCUAUGAUUACCCAGCAGGAAAAUUUUGGAGAAAUCUUAAUGUCAAACUACUUUGAACAUGGGGAACGCUCCUGGAUCCGGGAUCCCAAGUGUCCCUAUGGGAAAGAUCUCGAUUCAGAUGGUGGCUGCGAAGUUUCAACCGAAAUGUUUCUCUACUAUAUGCAGUUUAUUCGAAAAUCACACAAAUCCUUUCUGUCACGUGUGGUGAGAGUCGAUUAUCCUGUCAUCGAGCAUGCUGUUUACUACGAAGAAGAUGAUCCGAUAUGCGAACCCUCGGCGGCAAUGCCUCACACAGACGAUUCGGAAGGGGACUUUAAUUUCACCUCCGAGCCAUCUUUGUUUUCCCAUGACGAAGAUACUGAUGAAGAAGAUUUUGACUCAUCUGAUACUGAUGAUCUUGACGAAGAUUUUGGUUCAUCUGAUACUGAUGAGAGCCCUGAUGAUAUUGAUGUCCAAGAUAUUGAUGUCCAAGAUAUUGCAUACAGUAUUUUGAGCGUUUCUGAUGAUACCGAUAGUCAAGAUAUCGCAUCCAGUAUUUGGAGCACUUCUAAUGAUGAAGUCUUUACCGAUAUAGAUUUUUUUUCCGAUCCAGAAAUCGAAUCAGAUUUAAAAACGUAUUCCUUCACGGACUCCUCUACGGAUUCUUUGACGGAUUCCUCAAUGGAUUCCGAUAAGGAAUCUACUGCAGAUACUGUUGUGGAGUCCACAUCAAAUCUCACAGUAGAUUCCGUGACAGAUCCCGCAAUAGAUUCCACACUAGAUUCCGCUGGAGAUUCUGCAGUAGAUUCUGUUGGAGAUUCCUCUGUAGAUUCCGCUACAGAUUCCACAGCAGAUCUUAAAACCGAAAGCCUUAGUUCUAGCGUCACCGAAACGCAUGAUUCGUUGAAAAGUUUAUAAAUUAAAUAAAAGCGAGUAAAUAGCUAA